AUGUCGAAUCUCCUCGCCAUCGACCUAAGCAACAAUAUCCUCUCCGACACGAUUCCCGCGUCGCUCGGCGACUUACCGCAACUUAAGUUCCUCGAGCUGAAUAAUAACCAGCUCUCGGGCGAGAUUCCCGCGUCGAUCGGCAACUUAAAGCGUCUCAAGUCCAUCUCGCUCGCGCAUAAUCAGCUCCAAGGGCGCGUCCCGAAGGGACUUAAUUACCUCCGCGAUAGCCCCGCCAAGUAUAAUUUCUCCGAGAACGGUUAUGGGUUCUGCGGCACGGGCUUUAAGGGGCUCGACACCUGUCCUGGCGACCCUCCAUAUGUCUCUAAGAAGUCCCCGCCUAAGGUGAAACCGCCAGUCAAGCCGCCCGUCGUCAAACCGCCGGUCGUCAAGCCUCCUGUCGUUAAACCGCCAGUCGUUAAACCACCCGUCGUUGAAUCGCCUCCUAAGGUUACCCCACCAGUCGUCAAGCCUCCGCCAAAAUCACCGAAACCCUCACCGGAAAAGCCUCUCCCAUCGCCUUCCAAAAGCCCCAAACCUUCCCCUUCCGCGCCUUCCGCCUCCCCGAGCAAACCCCCGCCAACUACCUCCCCUUCCCCUUCCCCCGCCAAGCCGUCUUCCCCGCCGUCCUCCCCCCCGCCUUCCGCCAACGCCCAGCCGUCCUCUCCGCCGCCCGCGGACGAUCCCCAGCCCGUGCAGCCACUCGUUCCGCUCUCCCCGCCCCCCGGUUCCGCCACCCCCUCCGCCUCCGCGCCAGCAGACACGCUCUCCAGCGGUACCGCGGCGGCGGCGGACAGCGGAAGCAGCGGCGGAAACAGCAGCGCAAGCGCGAGCAGCAGCAGCAGCAGCAGCGGCGAGAGCAGUGGGGGAAUGAGCAUGGGCGUAUAUAUCGGCAUUGCGGCUGGAGGCGCGUUGUUGGUGAUUGUCGCGACGAUUUUGAUUGGCUACUGCUGCUGGUGGAAGCCGAAGCAGUCGCGCGCGGUAAGUAGAGGAACCAAGUCGUAUUCCCUUAUUUCAACUCUCCUCCUUUCCUUCCCUCCCCUCCCAUCCCUUACCUUUCUUCCCUUCCCUCACUCUCAAUUUUCCCCUCUCGCAUGUUCCGUUCCCCCGUUUCCCGUUCCCCCCGCUCCCCCUGUGCAGCGCGCGGCGGCAUUUAGGGCGAUUCGCAGCGACAAGGAUCUCAACCCCCCCUCCGCCUCCAAGCGCGGAUACGGCAGCAGCAAGUCCAAGGGCAAGGCGCGCAGCCCCACGGGCGCGGAAGCAGCGGGCGGAGACGCAGGCGGAGGAAGCGGGGCGGCGGCCGCGGCAGGUGCGGCGGCAGGAGCGGCGACGGGAGCGGCAAUCGCGGGUUCUGGUCGCAGUUCAUCUAAAAAGAAGUCGCCUUCUAAGCGUCACUCUCCGUCAAAGCACCACCGCAUCGACAUCGAGUCUGGUAAUAACGGAGCUAGUGGUUACCACUCGGGUUACCACACGGUCGACGUGCCACCUGUAACUGUCGUGGAGCUCCCUCCCGAGCCUGCCGUUCGCUCGGUUCGGGAACCCGAGGCUGCAGUCUCGGCAGUGAGCGCCACAGGUGCGGCAGCCGGAGCUGCGAUCGCAGGCGCGGGAAGCAAGAGCAAAGGCAGGUCCGGCAAAUCACAUUCCCCCUCUCCCAAGAAGGACAGCUCCCGGAGCAAUCCGAAUGCGGAUAAGGAGAGCGUCGGAUCGUCGCCACGUGGCGACCAGCACGAUCCAGCGGCUCUUGGGGGCGCGCUAGGCCCCCGCUCAAUUGGAGGCAGCGGCAGAAGCGGCAGCGACCGCAAGACAGGCGCUGCCGCUGCCGCUGCUGCUGUUUCCACAGGAGCUGCUGCCGUUGCUGCUUCUGGCUCGGGAAGGAGCCCCCAGACCUCUCCACACAAGACUCGGCCGGAGAGUCCCCGAACCAGGAAGUCAGGCUCGGGAUCCGCCGAGCCAGCGGCUCGGGACGGAGGGAGGAAGGAGCGCAAGGAGCAUACCCCGCCGAAGACGGAGAGAGGGAGUGGUAACCAGUCGGGUAGGAGCCCUGAGACCAGCCCGUCACCUAAGGGACAUAAGGACGGGUCCAGCAGGAGACUGAGCAACGACAGUGGCAAUGCUGCUGCUGCUGGUUCUGGUGCGCCGGUGUUUGAAGCUUCUCCGCCCGCCAUCCCCCCGUCCGUUCCGCGCAACCGCGACAGCACCCCCCCGCGCAUGCCCUCGUGGUCGCGCACGGGGAACCGCAACUCCCCCUCCCCCGGCGGAAGUAACCAUCGGUCCUCCUCCCCGAACCGAAGCUACCACGGCACGCCGCCCAAACCUGCCGAGCCUGUGCCGAUCCUCCGGGAGGAGGGGAUCCCUACAGUGGUGGAAAUCCCGGUGGAUUCUGACGAGAAUCAAAUCAAAUCUGGCGGAUCCAACCGCCCGGUGCUCAUCCCUCCUGCGGUUCCCAUCCCUCAGCUGAAAUCCAUGCCGGCGGGAGCCGCGUCGCGGAAGAAGGGGGGGAGGAAUGGGGGCGGAGCGGGGGAGGAUGACGUGUCACCCGCUCCGCAGCCGAACAACAUGCGGCGGAGUGGGUCCGGGGACGAGAGAGGGGAGGGGCGCGGGGAAGGGCGGGCGGAGGGUUCUGGCGCGGGGAUGGCGGUCGGCGCAACUGCUGUGACUCCCAAGUACGGGGCCGCGGGGCGGGCGCUAAGGGUGGCGGAUUUGGAGGAGGCGGGGGGAGAGGCGGAGGGGGAGGGGGAGGAUGACGUGGUGGGGGAGCUGCGGAGCAGCAGUCGGAAGGGCGGGUACGGGGGCGGGAGGGGAAUGGGCGGAGGGGGGGGCGGGAUGGGGGGAAGAGGCGGAGUUUGGACCCCCCCUUCAGGAGGAUCUGGAGGGGGUGCUGACGGGGCACCUGAGGCGUCAGAUGACGUGGCAGGGGAGGGUGCCAGCCUGGAGCGGUUCUUCACGGUUGCUGAGCUGUCAUUGGCCACCAAUGACUUCGGCAGGCAGUCCCAGAGAAAUGUUUUGGGUACGGGCAGAGACGGCUCGGUGUACAAGGCUCGGCUGCCCGACGGGACGACCGUGGCGGUGAAGAGACUUACCCAAAGAAACCUGGACCAAUCAGCACGCGAGUUCAGAUUCGAAGUCGAAUCUCUCGCCCACGCACGGCACCCGAACCUGGUGGCGCUGCUGGGGUGCUGCGCGGAGGAGGACGAGCGAAUGCUGGUGUACGAGUUUGUGCCCAACGGCUCUCUGGACGCGUGGCUGCACCAGAACAGCAACAUGGAGCCCAUUGAUUGGCCCAUGCGCAUGCACAUCGCCAUCGGCUGCGCGCGAGGUCUCUCCCACCUGCACGAGGGGUUGGACAUGAAGGUGGUGCACAGGGACGUGAAGGCCAGCAACGUGCUGCUGGACGCCCAGUGGAACCCCAAGCUUGGCGACUUCGCCAUCGCCAAGGUCAUGGGCCGCGACCAGAGCCACACUGCCACCCGCGUUGUCGGGCCAUUUGGAUACGUGGCCCCAGAGUACAUGAACACGGGUCUGCUGACGGAACGAAGCGACGUGUACAGCUUCGGCGUGCUGCUCCUUGAGAUCAUCUCUGGAAGAAAGCCGAUUGACAAUGGAGCUCCUCCUGACGAGAUGGAUCUGGUGACAUGGGCCAAGAAGCUGAGCUCGCAGGAGCGGCUGGUCGAGAUUGUGGACCCGCGUCUGCAAGGCAUGAUCUCUCCUGACGAUGCAGAGUACGUCCUCGGGAUUGCCAUGCGCUGCGUGGAGACCAACGCACUCAAGCGGCCGCGCAUGACCCAGAUCGUCCACAUGCUAGAAAGUGAAGACCCAAAACAGGUAAGCAGACGACCAUUCCGACCACAACCGGUUCAGCUGAUGGCCAUAUAG